AUGGCAGCGAAGCUUCGUACUCUAAGUCGAGCCGUAGUCCGUGCCCUUCAUACCAUUGAAGGUCGUGGUUCAAAUCUUGUGCUUUGCAAGAGGCUCAAGCUACCAGUAUCCGGCAGAGGCUUAUCGAGUUUAGGCUCGAUGCCGGUCAUCGCUUUGUUGGCUGAUGCUUCUUCAGCUAACGGCAAAGCACUCCUGGAACUGCUCCCACAGAUCUCCGAGACGUCCACUUGCCUCGUUGGCAACUCCCUCUCCGACUUCAAAGACCUGAAAAAUCUGCCAGAUGUCGACGUUGUUUUGGUGGCGGUGUUUGCGGCAGGAAAUCCUGCAGUCAUUGCUGAUUUGUGGCCUCAUCUGACCCGCUUGAAGUGGAUCCACAGCCUGGCCGCGGGAGUAGACACGCUGGUGCCGGUGCUCAACUCCCUGCCAGGGGGUUCGGAAAUCCCAUUGACCAAUGCCAAGGGAGCUUUCUCGAGAUCCCUAGCGGAAUACUCUCUUGCAGCGAUGCUGCACUUCAACAAGCAGAUCCCGAGAUUACAGAAAAAUCGUACGACAAAGACUUGGGACAAAUUCAUCAUGAACGAACUCCACGGACAAACCGUCGGAUUCAUUGGUUUCGGCGAUAUCGCACAGUGCACAGCGCGCCUCUGCAAGGCCUUUGGCAUGCGGAUCCUUGCGUGGCGAAAUACCCGGGGAGCCUCGGGUGAGGAGUUGGCCGACGAAGUCUUCUAUGCCAGCGACGGAGUUGGCGCGAAACAGGAAGUCUUCAAGCAGUCUGACUACGUGAUUUGCUCACUGCCCGGUGGUGCUGCAACUUACCACUGCUGCGGGGCGGAUGAGUUCCAGGCCAUGAAGCCCACCUCUGUCUUCAUCUCCAUGGGUCGAGGCUCAUGUGUAGACGAAAGCGCCCUGGUUCCAGCGUUGACAAGCGGCCAGAUUGCAGGAGCGGCUCUUGACGUGUUCGAGAAGGAGCCGCUGCCUGAGGAGUCUCCGGUUUGGAACUGUGAAAACUUGUUGUUGAGCCCGCACAAUGCCGACCUUACGAGUCAGUACAUGGAGCUGACCUGGAACCUGUUCCGGCACCGAUUGGAUGAAUUCACUUCCGAGGGCUUUUCCGGUUUCCAGAACGUCGUCGACAAGACAAAGGGCUACUAA